AUGUUUUUUGACUUCUCCAGUGCUUUCAACACCAUCAGGCCGGCACUGCUGCAGGGGAAGAUGAAGGACGCCGGAGUGGACAGUAGCCUCACUGCAUGGACCAUCAACUACCUCUCAGACCGACCACAGUACGUGCGGCUGCGCAGCUGUGAGUCUGAGGUGGUAGUCUGCAGCACUGGGGCCCCUCAGGGCACUGUCCUCUCACCGUUUCUCUUCACCAUCUACACUUCAGACCUCACAUAUGACACACACAGCUGCCACCUGGAGAAGUUCUCCGACGACUCCGCCCUCGUGGGCUGUGUGUCUGAGGGGAACGAACUGGAAUAUCGGUCGGUUAUCACGGACAUUGAACUGGUGUGA